CCCUCCCUCCUGCGAACACCACCGCCUCCCCCGCCACCGCCGCCACCUCGCCCGACGCGCCGCAGCUCGCCGCGGCUGGUGGGCGGUGCGCGGAUCGUGCGCGCCGGGGGCGCCAGAUGUGCGGUCCCCGCCGCCGCCAGUGACCCAGCCGCAGCCCGGGCGGGAGCCGGCCGCCUACCCAAUGCUGCGGGGGUGACCUUGAGCGCGCCCAGGUUUCCCUCGGCGGGGACCCAGACACCGCGAGCGCCGUGCCCUGUCCUGCCCUCUCCGGCCCGGCUCGCCCCGCGUUCGGACAUGGAGGGGGCCGCUGCGCCCGCGGCCGGGGACUGCCCGGACUUGGGGCCGGGGGCUCCGGGAUCUCCCCCGGAGGCGGGGGCGGGGGCGACAGCAGCCCCCGCGGCGGCGGCCCCGGAGCCCAGGAAGCCGCACGGGGUGAAGCGGCAUCACCACAAGCACAACUUGAAACACCGCUACGAGCUGCAGGAGACUCUGGGCAAAGGCACCUACGGCAAAGUCAAGAGGGCCACCGAGAGGUUUUCGGGCCGAGUGGUUGCUAUAAAAUCCAUUCGUAAGGACAAAAUUAAGGAUGAACAAGACAUGGUUCACAUCAGACGAGAGAUUGAGAUCAUGUCAUCCCUCAACCAUCCUCAUAUCAUCAGUAUUUAUGAAGUGUUCGAGAACAAAGAUAAGAUUGUGAUCAUCAUGGAGUACGCCAGCAAAGGGGAGCUGUAUGACUACAUCAGCGAGCGGCGGCGCCUUAGCGAGAGGGAGACCAGACACUUCUUCCGGCAGAUCGUCUCCGCCGUGCACCAUUGUCACAAGAAUGGUGUGGUCCACCGGGACUUGAAGCUGGAAAAUAUACUGCUCGAUGACAACUGUAAUAUUAAGAUUGCCGACUUUGGGCUUUCCAACCUGUACCAGAAGGACAAGUUCUUGCAAACGUUCUGUGGGAGCCCGCUCUAUGCCUCUCCCGAAAUUGUCAACGGGAGGCCUUACCGAGGGCCAGAGGUGGACAGCUGGGCCCUGGGCGUGUUGCUUUACACGCUCGUGUAUGGAACGAUGCCCUUCGAUGGUUUCGAUCACAAAAACCUCAUUCGGCAGAUCAGCAGCGGAGAGUACCGGGAGCCCACGCAGCCCUCAGAUGCCCGAGGCCUCAUUCGGUGGAUGUUGAUGGUGAACCCCGACCGCCGGGCCACCAUCGAGGACAUUGCCAACCACUGGUGGGUGAACUGGGGCUACAAGAGCAGCGUCUGCGACUGCGAUGCCCUUCACAGCGCCGAGUCCCCACUCUUGGCCCGCAUUAUCGACUGGCACCACCGUUCCACAGGGCUACAGGCUGAGGCCGAAGCCAAAAUUAAGGGCUUGGCCAAACCCGGGGCCCCCGAGGUCAUGCUGGAGCGGCAGCGGUCGCUGAAGAAGUCCAAGAAGGAGAGCGACUUUGCUCAGUCCGGCCAGGACUCGGUGCCUGAGAGCCCAUCCAAGGUGAGCUCCAAGCGGCCCAAAGGGAUCCUGAAGAAGCGGAGCAACAGCGAGCAUCGCUCUCACAGCACCGGCUUCAUCGAAGGCGUCGUCAGCCCCGCCUUACCCCCCGCUUUCAAGCUGGAGCAGGACUUGUGCCGGACUGCCGUGCCCCUGCCAAGCGCCCCCGAGGCGGAGGUGCCCGCUAAACUCAGCCCCAAACAGUCGGCCACGAUGCCCAAGAAAGGCAUCUUGAAAAAGACCCAGCAGAGAGAAUCGGGUUACUACUCGUCCCCGGAACGCAGCGAGUCUUCGGAGCUGCUGGACAGUAACGAUGGGCUGGGUGGCGGCAUCCCCUCCCCGAGCCCCCCGGAUCCGGCCAGGGUGACGUCCCACAGCCUCUCCUGCCACAGGAAGGGCAUCUUGAAACACAGCAGCAAGUACUCAGAGGGCACCAUGGACCUGGCCCUGGCCAGCCCCGAAAUGCCCACACUGGAAUCCUUGCUGGAGCCCGGCAUCCCUGCCGAGGGCCUCUCCCGGAGCUACAGCCGGCCUUCCAGCGUCAUCAGCGACGACAGCGUCCUGUCCAGCGACUCCUUCGACUUGCUCGACUUGCAGGAGAAUCGCCCUGCCCGCCAGCGCAUCCGCAGCUGCGUCUCUGCCGAAAACUUCCUCCAGAUCCAGGACUUUGAGGGGCUCCAGAACCGGCCCCGGCCCCAGUACCUGAAGCGGUACCGGAACCGGCUGGGAGACAGCAGCUUCUCCCUCCUCACGGACAUGGACGAUGUGACUCAGGUCUACAAGAAAGCGCUGGAGAUCUGUAACAAACUCAACUAGCUCCCCAGGGUGCAGG